UGCUAAGACCUAAAUAGCACCCAUGAAACAAGAGCACCUCUGUAGGGAAGACAUAAAAGACGAAAGAAAGAAAAAAAAAUGAUUCGUUCGUCGGGAAAAUUUGUAAAUACAGUCAUCAGAGCCAUUAAAUUAUCCAAAGAAGUGUGUCCAUCAUCUAAAAACCACUUCAUUCCAUCAUCAAUACUCUCAAGGUACUACUCAUCAAAUGUCUCCGAGGUCAAUCCUGUUGCCUUACAAAUGAUAAAUUAUGGUGUUAAUCAUGCAAGAUCACAAAGAACUGAUGAAUCAUAUGGACAAGGUUUAUUGGUAUUGGAACAAUGUAUCUCUAGUAAUACGCGAGAGGAGGAUGUACAAGGAAUUGCUCUGUUAGCCAUGUCUAGUUUAUUAUAUGAAAGAGGUGAUUACAGCGGUGCCAUGGAAAGAUUAGAAAAAAUUCAAGGGUUAACUCAUUCUAAUUUGGGCGUUAAAGUUGCUGCUAUGGAAGGUUUAAUUGGACUCAACUUAGAAAUGGGGGAGGAUGUUGCUUCGUCCAAAUUAGCAGAUACUUGCUUCCAACUGGUGAAUUCCAACCUUAAACAUAGUUCUCAUGACUUCGAAAUGAUAAACUAUCGGGCUAAAGCGAUUAAGGGGCUUGUGGAGUUAGUUCUAGGGAAUCAUCGAACAGCAGAGACGUACUAUGGGGUGGCUCCGGAGGAAAAGAAUUUUCCAGGGAUUGCUGUGUUAUCACAUGGGGAGUUCUUACAUGCUAGUGGAAAUUUUUCUUCGGCGAAGGAGUAUUACCAGAAGGUAAUUCAAGGGGUGCCAGAGACUGAGAGCUCUGAUGAUCCGUCCAGUUUGGCAACUGGUAAUAUGGUCUCAGCAGAGGUUCUAGUAGGGGCCAGCUGUGCUUUAGGUCAACUUGAAGCUCAUUCCGGGUGGAGAAUCGAAGGCGGAGAGAAGUAACAUAGUAGCCCUUGCAAGAGGAGGUUAUGCUGAUAUUCUCUGUGUGCAACAAAACCGAAAGGGAGAGGGCGAAAGAAUGAAGAACUGGGCAGAAUCUACAUGGAAAUAUCAACGGUUAUCACUGGCAGAAGCACUGGAGAUCUCUGAGCCCUCCAAAGCCGCAGUAGUUGACACUCGAAUAAGCAGGGUUAUAUAAUUUCCCAGUCUUGGUUAAAGGAAAGCAGAGUAAACUUGAGCAAAACACAAUAUAUCUAAAUUAUCAGCCAUUACUGGCAAAGGGGCAUUGGAGACCUCUCCAAGAGCAUUUUUGACGCUUGCAAAUAAGCCAAAAUUCUGUUCAGCGUUCAGCAGGGUACAAGCUUCACCUAGGAUUUAGUUAGUUAUUCCGUAUGAUUACCAAAAACAUCUACUCCCUCUGUUUCUGAAAGACCGUCCUCUAUUCCAUUUUGGUCUGUUUCAAAAUUGUGUCCAGCUAGCUUCUGUUUAUAGUUAUAUUUUUCUAACAAACUCUCUAAUAUACCCUUAAAGUUUUAUAUUCAAAAAUUCUUUUUUAA